AGGGAUGACAAACGCAUCCAACAAGUGGUCAACAAAUGCCAGAAUCGGGACAAUCAGAGAGCACUCGGAGUGAGGACUGACUUAUUGGUGGACAAAGACAUCGAGGAAUUGGUGGCGAAGACUAUCACAGAGUUCGGCAAAAUUGAUAUUCUGAUCAAUAACGCCGGAGUCGGCACUACUGUCCAAAUCGGUGACCAGAAAUAUAUCGAAGGGUUUGAUGAAGUGUUCAAUACAAACGUCCGAAGUAUUCAAGUGUUGACACAAUUAGUGGUUCCAUAUCUGGAGAUAACGAAAGGCAAUAUCGUUAAUAUCUCGAGUGUGGCCGGACUCAGACCUAAUCCGAUGACAAUGGCGUAUUGUAUGGCCAAAAGUGCCCUGGAUAUGUUUACUAAAUGCCUGGCACUACAGUUGGGGCCUAAAGGUGUUCGAGUGAAUAGUGUUAACCCGGCCGCCAUACGGACCCCUAUAUUCAAUACGUGUACCAAAAACGACAAAAUGCUUGACUCUGUGGAGACGUUUUGCCGAAAGGCUUACCCCUUAAGACGUAUCGGAGAACCGGAAGAAGUGGCAGAAAUGGUGGCAUUCCUGGCCUCAGACACCACCGCGUCGUUCAUUACGGGAGCACUCAUUCCGGUCGACGGCGGGAGUCUUCGCUCCGAUCAGUCGGCUCUCGAUUACACGACUGUCCAAUAAAUGUGUGCCUGUCUUAUGUCUAUUGCAUGUUAAUUGACAAUUCAUUAAUUAAUUAAAA